CCCUGGUCAAGGUUGGCACAUGCGCAAAAGCAGCAUUUCCGGGUGCGACAUGUAACAGGCUCGUGUACGGUGAGGCAUCGAUACAACAUACAUAACCAAUGAUUCCUAUUUGCCCCGUUGUCUCCUUCACCUAUGUGCCCAGCCGGCUCGGUGAAGAUGCCAAAAUGGCUACCGGCAAUUAUUUUGGAUUUACCCAUGGCGCAGCAGCUCAGUACAGCCAGCAACCUGCUGCUGGGGUUGCCUACACUCACCCCACCACGGUGGCCAGUUACACCGUCCACCAGGCGCCUGUAGCAGCUCACACCGUUGCAGCAGCUUAUGCUCCAACUGCAGCAGCAGUAGCUGUGGCUCGACCUGCGCCUGUUGCUGUUGCAGCAGCAACCGCUGCAGCUUACGGAGGAUAUCAACCCACCCACGCUGCCACAGACUAUGGUUACCCACAGCGUCAACCUGAGGUGCCCCCACCACCACCACCGGUCACCUCUCAGACCUACCAGGAAUCAUACUCAUAUGUCCGCUCGACAGCAUCAGCUGUUGGUUAUGACGGUACGAAGCAGUACUACCAGCAGCCCACUGCUACGGCGGCUGUUGCUGCUGCACAUCCACAGCCCAGCGUGGCAGAGUCGUACUACCAAACAGCUCCUAAACCUGCAUAUACACAGGGAGUGACAUCUUACACCCAAACCCAGCAGACUCGACAGGUGACGGUGAUAAAACCAGCUGCUCCCAGUCCCGCUUCAUCCACCUUCUCCAUCUUCCCAGUGACCUCUACAGUCCAGCCUGUGGCUGCAGCAGCCUCUGUUGUCCCAUCUUACUCCCAGAGCCCAACGUACAGCACCAAUGCUGUCACCUACUCUGGACCCUCAUACUCUGGAUAUGAAGCAGCCGUCUAUUCAGCAGCUUCCAACUACUACCAGCAGCAGCAGCAGAAACAAGCAGUGGCAGCAGCAGCAGCUACAGCGGCCUGGUCAGGAAACACAUUCACUAAGAAAUCCACCUUCCAGAAUAAGCAGCUUCGACCCAAGCAGCCACCAAAACCCCCUCAGAUACACUACUGUGAUGUCUGCAAGAUCAGCUGUGCUGGCCCCCAGACUUACAAGGAGCACCUGGAAGGCCAGAAGCACAAGAAGAAAGAAGCUGCCCUCAAAGUUUCUCAGAGCAGCACCAGCAGCAGUGGAAGCGGAAGUGUGUUGGCCCGCAACACUCAGAACCAACUUCGCUGUGAACUUUGUGAUGUUUCCUGCACAGGUGCUGAUGCGUAUGCCGCCCACAUCCGAGGAGCUAAGCACCAAAAGGUUGUAAAGCUCCAUACCAAACUGGGAAAGCCCAUUCCUUCAACUGAGCCCAGCAUGUCCACUCAGACCUCUAUCACAGCUGCUCCCAGCAAGACCACCAUGGCUACCCUGAGCAGCUCCAGCACCACCAGCUCCAUGUGUCUCUCUGCCACCUCCUCUCCCACCACCAGUCCCAGCGCCUCCUACCUGAAACCAGUUAAUAUUGUCAGCGGCAGCAUGGCUGCAGUAAAGAACUUGGUGUCUAGUAACCUCUCUGCUGUCGGCUCUGCCUCUGCAGGCAAGAAAAUCAACACACCCAAGAUAAAUUUUGUUGGUGGGAAUAAAUUGCAUACUACUGGGAAGAUGGAGGAGACGAGAGUGGAGGUCAAAGUAGACAGCUGUAAGCCUUCAGUGCUGUCGUUGGCUUCUCAAGACUCCAAAACUGAUGUCUCUGAGUCUUUGUCCACAUCAGCUCUGAUUUCACUGCAGAGUGAUGUCCAACCUGUUGGACAUGAUUAUGUUGAAGAAGUUCGGAACGAUGAAGGCAAAGUCAUCCGUUUUCAUUGCAAGUUGUGUGAAUGCAGUUUCAACGAUCCCAACGCUAAAGAGAUGCACCUGAAAGGGCGGAGGCACCGCCUGCAGUACAAGAAAAAGGUCAACCCUGACCUGCAGGUAGAGGUCAAACCCAGCAUCAGAGCUAGAAAGAUUCAAGAAGAGAAGAUGAGGAAGCAGAUGCAGAAAGAAGAAUACUGGAGAAGAAGAGAAGAGGAGGAGCGUUGGAGAAUGGAAAUGAGGCGUUAUGAAGAGGACAUGUACUGGAGACGUAUGGAAGAGGAGCAGCAUCACUGGGAUGAGCGGCGGCGUAUGCCGGAUGGAGGCUAUCCACAGGGCCCUCCUGGUCCUCCUGGUCUGCUUGGAGUUCGACCCAACAUGUCUGGUCUGCAGCCACAGGGUCCCAUGGUGAGAAGAACUUUAGUGCCUCCCCGUCGCCCUGACUCUUCUGACGACCGAUAUGUCAUGAACAAACAUGCAAUCAUCUACCCCUCAGAAGAUGAGCUCCAGUCCAUUCAGAAAAUUGUAUCAAUCACAGAGAGAGCCCUCAAACUGGUGUCGGACAUCAUUUCAGAGCAGGACAGCCCUAAGGAGGAAGACGGGGAGAAGGAACCAGCCAAAGACAGAGUCCUGAAGGGAGUGAUGAGGGUUGGAGUUUUGGCCAAAGGUUUGCUUCUACGUGGAGACAAGAACGUGAACCUGGUUCUACUCUGCUCUGAGAAACCCACUAAGAGCCUCCUCACCUGCAUAGUGGAGCACCUCCCGAAACAGCUAACUAUAGUGACACCAGAGAAAUAUGAGGUGAAGGCAUCGAUCCCGGAGGCAGCCAUCAUUCUAACAUCUCUCAGUGAAUCAAAGAUGCAAGUGACAAUCACGCUGACUUCACCUGUCAUCAGAGAGGACGCUGGCCGGGAUGGAGAUGUAACCUCAGGUAUGGUGAAAGACCCAGCGGACGUCUUGGACAGGCAAAAAUGCCUUGACGCUCUGGCUGCUCUGCGCCACGCUAAGUGGUUCCAGGCUAGAGCCAAUGGCCUCCAGUCAUGUGUGAUCAUCAUCCGGAUCCUGAGAGACCUCUGUCAGCGCGUCCCUACGUGGUCACCUUUUCCUGGAUGGGCCAUGGAGCUCCUGGUUGAGAAGGCCAUCAGCAGUGCCUCUGCUCCCCUCAGCCCUGGUGAUGCCCUCAGACGUGUCUUUGAAUGUAUUUCCUCUGGGAUUUUACUUCCUGGUGGACCAGGACUGGCAGAUCCUUGUGAGAAGAAAAUUGUGGAUACUCUGUUGCCCAUGGAAGAGCAGCAGAGAGAGGACAUAACCUCAAGUGCUCAGUUUGCUCUGAGGCUGCUGGCCUUCCGUCAGAUCCAUAAAGUUCUUGGGAUGGACCCACUGCCACAGACGAACUCCCGCUUCAACAUCCGCAACAGCCGCAAACGUCGCCGUGACAACAGCGAUGGAACAGACAGCUUUGAGGGAGAAGGCAAAAAAGACAAGAAGGAUUAUGAUGGGUUUUAAGCUUUUUCUUUGUUAUUUAAAAAAUUCUUCAGAGAGAAAUGUACUUUACGUAUGCCUACUUCAUGUGUGCGUUUUUUUUUUUGUUUUGUUUUUUUUGAAGCUACGAAGCGUGUUUGCAGCCUAGACACCCAAAUGAUCUGUGUUCUUUAAGUUGUAGUUCUCCUGAAGCUUGUGCAUGAUUAACCCAUCUGGACACGAUGGGCUUCUCGCUCAGAAGAACAAUGGCUCUUCCAUCACAGCUGCUGCUGCCCCCUCUGGACUUUUCUGUUUCUGUUUUUAAGCUUUAGGACUUCAAAGUGACAUAGAGUGAGAAUAGCGUGUGUAUUACAAUGUAUUCCUGGUAUAAAGCAUCAAUGCCUUCAUUCAUCUGUACAGCUGCAUCCAGACUUCUCUGCUGUUGUUGUUACUGUUGGGAACUGAACGUGAAUAAUUCUUCUCAAUGCCAGUGAUGUCUGAUGCUGUGGUGCUUAACAUUUCUAUGCUUAACCAACACUCAACCUGAGAGGAGUACAGCUAUUAAUAUAUCUGCAUCAGUUGUGUAGUUGUGUGCCCUAAAACUUGGUUUUGUCUUUAUUAAACAUACAUACUUGAGAGUAUAUCUAUAACUAGACAAAUGUUCUAAAUGUUAGAGUCUUAGCUUUCUAGUGAAAUGAGUGGACCUGCUCACCUACUCCCACUGUUAGUUUCAUUUAUGUCCCUAGUUUAAGUCACCAUUGGCCUUUUUAUUUCAGUAGUGGGGGGGGGCUAAUUAUGUAACUGCCCUGGUCUUCUUUUGAAUGUUUGUUGUACUCGUUCUGCUCCAGUUCUGGUGGCAGAAUAAACACAUCUUCAAACGCU